AUGCCCAUACUCCGUGACACUUUAAUUGCUGCUCUUUACAUUUUUAUAUUGCCCAUCACUCAUUUUGUUCCCAAUCUUUGCUCUGAGAGGAAUUCAGAAAUGUCAAUUACUCGCUACAAGGACCCAAUCCCUGAGGGUGUCAGUGUCUUUACUACCCUUGCUGAAGCUGCCAAAAUCCAAUUGGCAAACCCAGCUGCCAGUUUGUACCCUUUUAAUGAUGGCCACUACAUAAAAGAUCCUGAUGGGACUGUCAUUGCUGUGGCAGCGGACGAAAUAUGUGAGGAACUCGACCACAGAAUCGCUGAGUUGGAUGCGAAGAUUGCAGCGGGCGAGUUAACAGAUUAG